UUGUUCACCAACGUCCAUGAGGUCUGGUGUCUGUUCACCAGGCGCGACGUGGUGGCCCUCGGACUUCUCGUCGUCGUUAUUGGUUGAUUGCAAUGUCAGGACAAGGCGGAUAGACGCGCGAGCUAGCGAUAGCAGACGCGUUGUACGCCCCAGAGCCCCGAAGACUCUUUGGUCUCUAGCUCGCAGUACGAGAUGCGUGGAUAUCACGGACAAUCUGGUCGGAGGGUAACGGUCUUCUUGGAUUCCGGCUACGCCGCGCCUAUUCGCUUGGAGAUGCCAUGCUCGCUCAAGCAACAUGAGGCUUGACCGAUUAACCCAAAAGGCGAAGAGAAGAAUAGACUGUGGCUCGUGUGAGAUGGCGGCCGCCGCCACAGUCGGGCUGAAAGUGAAAAAGGGGGAUAGUGCACGGAGUAACCUACAGACUAACCUCGUCGUCAGGUCGUCGGUCUGUGAGGCGGCAGCUGUCAUGACGGCGGGGGCUGAGGGCGGACACGGGAGAACUGCCAAACGUAGCAAGGCUGCCAUGGGCCAAAGUAGGAGGUAUCGAGGUGGCGGCUGGCCCCAGACUUUGCCUGCCCAGAAGACCAGAACCUAGUCGCAGGAUGUAAGUGAGCAGCGGUCGGAUGGGGCCCGGGGUAAGACAUACAGCUGGACUGACCGAGAAACGACGACCCGAGAAAGUCUGCUUUCGUCCGGAUUUGGACGUGACAGAAAGGUUCCUAUAGAUCCUGCACGGCUUUUAGAGUUGGCUACGGAGAAUUCCAUGAGCUAGUCAGGUAGACAACGACAGAGACGUCUCCGGAGAAAUUGUCAUUGGCCAAAUAACGAGAGAAAGAUGCCGCUUGACCAAAUCAAGGCUGUCGGUAAGACGCCUUUUCUCUUUCCGUGUGUAGAAAAUCUGCUUCGAACACGAUUACAAUGGCCGAUGGACGGUUGAGAAAGAAUGAUGAUUGUUGAAUGCUGAUCAUGUUUGACCAUCUGCGGAGAGUCGAGAGUAUCGGCAUGAACAGCGCGAACAACGGUGAUCGUUUCGGAUCUUGAAGCUUGCCGAA